UUUUUUUGGAUGAUACAGGACUAAUAUUGCUGGUAGCGGUUGUUGUUCUAUUAGAUUGUGUUGCUCUAGAGGGGCCGUACUUAAAACACCUGCAUUUGAUUUGGAGACAGGAGGGCGAAGUUUACAGCCUUCCAUGUUUCCGUACAAAAUGAAUCACGAGGAAAUAAAGUGCGUGGUGCAGGAAAAAUUUCUGUCCAGUGAGAGAGUGACGGCGUUUCUGUGUGACGCCAAAGUGCUGCACCCAGAAUGGGUGAAGAAGGACAGACUCCUUGCUAUCGUCGAGUGCGGAGAUGAAAAAUGUGUUUUCUGUCUUCACACCUCUUGUUACCCGCCUAAAUCCUUUACCGACUUAUCUAUUGAAAUAGUGUUGCCUAUUGACGUCACAUUCAAAUGCGAGAUAGACAACAAACCAUCAGAUCCGGAGGCCGUCCUUUACUUAAAUCUACAGUCUCGUAAUCAUAAGUACAAAUUCGAAAUUCAAAUGACUCCACGGGUGGACAACUUUGUGGAUGACUUGUUUCGAGGGAUAGAAGCAGUGAACAAGGUUGCUACAGAACCAAAAUUCUUGUGGUUAAAAAAAUACACUGGGAAAAAGGAAGAUGAUGUCAUUGCCCAAACAAUGGCCCUACCCAGGAUUGCUAUGUCGAAUACGCAUGGCUCUGCACCUGUGGCCAUCAGAGAAAGCCUCAUUAAACGCAAGAUGGCAGAUAAGGAACAAGAUUACACAUUCACCAAGAAGUUCACAGUAUUUUGUGGUACAUGGAAUGUGAAUGAUAAAUCUCCAGUGAUUCCCCUGAAGGGUUGGUUGCAUGUUGACAAGGAACCUCCUGACAUAUACGCUAUAGGUUUCCAAGAGCUGGAUUUGUCUAAAGAGACAUUUCUCUUUGACCAAACGCCAAGGGAAAAAGAAUGGUAUGAUGCUGUAGUCAGCAACUUGGAUCCAAGAGCUAAAUAUGUACGAGUCGAGCGAGUGAGGUUGGUUGGUAUGAUGCUUAUAGUUCUUAUCAAAGAGAAACAUAAGUCCCAUGUAAAAAAUGUUGUAUGUUCUACAGUGGGCACUGGCAUAAUGGGGAAGAUGGGUAACAAAGGAGGCGUGAGCAUAAGGUUUGAUCUCCACAGCACAUCUUUAUGUUUUGUAAACUCCCAUUUUGCUGCCCACGUGGAGGAGUAUGAACGGAGGAAUCAAGACUUUAGGAACAUUUGUUACAGGACUGAGUUUGAAUUGCAACCAAACCAGCCUCCAAAGCUAAUCAAAGAUCACGAUCAGAUAUACUGGCUUGGAGAUCUCAACUACAGAAUAACAGAAAUGGAUCCAAACAGAGUAAAAAGACUGCUUAAUGAGAAUCAUUUUGCACCUGUCCUGGAAAUGGAUCAGCUAAAACAGCAGCACAAGAACAACCACGUGUUUGCUGGGUACACUGAGGGCUACAUCACUUUCAAGCCCACAUAUAAAUAUGACCCCGGAACAGACAAUUGGGAUUCUAGCGAGAAGAACCGUGCACCAGCUUGGUGUGACCGAAUAUUUUGGAAAGGUGAGAAUAUAACACAAUUAGUGUACAGAAGUCAUCCAUCACUAAACAUCAGUGACCAUAAACCAGUUUCUGCAUUAUUCAAUACUGCAAUAAAAAUUAUAAAUGAAGAUAAAUACAGGAAAGUGUACGAAGAAGUAAUUAAACAGUUGGAUAAACUCGAAAAUGAACUGAUACCACAAGUUAAAGUUGAUGUAACAGAACUAGAUUUUGGUACAGUACGAUACUUAGAGCUACAAGUGCGUACUAUUUCAAUUAAAAAUGUUGGGAAAUUACCGGUGGAGUUUGAAUUCAUCAAGAAAUUAGAUGAAACAAGUUUCUGUAAAGAGUGGUUAAUUGUUGAACCAUACAAGAAAUGUAUCAGUGCUGAUGAAUCAUGUGAAAUACAGUUAAAAGUGCUAAUUAACAAAACAUCAGCUUGUAAAAUGAAUGCAGGAAUAGACAAACUGUAUGACAUUUUAGUGUUACACCUGUAUGGUGGUAAAGAUAUUUUUAUAACAGUAAAUGGUACAUACCAAAGAAGCUGUUUUGGUUGUUCUAUUGAAGUCCUGGUGAACUUGAAUUUGCCAAUUUGCAAGGUGCCAGCUGGGAAGCUAAUCGAGCUUGAGGGCAAGAGGGAUCAAUGUGUUGCAAAUCAUUCAACAUAUUCCAUACCCAAAGAAAUUUGGUUCUUGGUUGACCACAUUUAUUUACAUGGAUUAAAAGAAGCAAAUCUCUUUGAGCAGCCAGGGUUGCAUUGUGAGGUUUUGCAAAUAAGAGACUGGCUUGACAGUGGGUCAGUGGACCCCAUUCCAGGAAGCAUCCACUCAGUUGCCGAGGCCCUUUUGCUGCUACUAGAGAGUACAGCAGACCCAAUCAUUCCAUACAACCUGCAGUCAGUGUGUUUGAGAGCAUCGGCCAACUAUUUACAGUGUAAACAAAUAAUUAUGGAAUUGCCAGAAUUUAGGAAAAAUGUUUUCCUCUAUCUGUGUGAGUUCUUGCAAGAAGCCUUACAGCACAGUGCAGAUAAUGGCCUGGAUGCUAAAACACUGUCCACACUGUUUGGGGCAAUUUUUCUAAGAGAUAAUCCGAACCAGAUGCAGGAGCCACAGUCUAAGAUUAACAAGCAAGUCACAGACAAGACGAAGGCCCAAUUUGUAUACCACUUUUUAGUAAAUGAUCACAGUGACUUAAUAUUUUCUAGAUAAUUUAAUUGAUAUGGUACUAAAUCUAGUUAUUUAAGUUGGUUAAAUACUCAAAACAUUCUUUUUAUUUUAGUAUUAUUAACAACAACAAAAAUUAAUUUAUUUUAAUUUUAGACAUAAAUAUGACCAUUCAGUCAUUAGAGGAAAGGCAACACGCCCAUGUUAUGAUUUCAUCUUUGACUAUAAGCAAAUUUAAGUAUAGUGACAUAUUUUGUAUAUUCAUUACCAUAAAUGAUAAAAAUAUCAACAAUUUAUAAUUUUCUAAGUAGACAUGAAAUGCUUAGUAGAACAGUAUUAUUCAUCGAAAUAUUUACCAUUAGUGGCCAAUCAAUGUUAAAAAAAAGUUUUAGCAAGGUUUUCAUCUUAUUUUGUAUAAUAAUUUUGAUUCAGUUGUGUAACAACUUUUGUCUUAUUUAUUGUUAUUGUCAUUGACACUUUUUUGUCAAAAAUGCAUUGUUAAACUUGAUGCAAUUACAAAUAAAUUACGCAAGCCUAAGUGACGGAGCUUUUUUAUUAGCAAUUUUAUAAAAAUUUCAUAUAAGUAUGUUAUACCUACUUACAACACUUCAAUUCAUUAACAUAUAUAUAUCUUAAACGGCCCAUUCACUACCUGCAUGGCAGGCCGCCGCGCAGGCAGGAGACUGUUCACAUCUAUCCUGUGUACGGCCCACGUAUGAAGUCUCGCAGGACGCAUUGAUGGAUGGCUUGCACGCUGCGACUACAUUCAUAUUCCUGCAUUACGCGGCGGAUGGCGUCAAGGCGGACUGCAAUGCAGGCUAAUGAAAUUUACAUAAAAUUUCCCACGAAUC